AUGGAUUGGCCCGCAUCGACCACCGAUAUCGGUGUGGUCGAACGGCAGAACCGGCACAAGGGUCGGCAGAAGACUCGACGUAUCGCUCGAUACGACAAGUCGGCCGGUCUCGUGAGGGAACAACGAGAAGUCAAGAGCAGAAGGCCUUACAUCCUAGCGGGGCCUAUCCUGGACUAUGGAGCUGAUGGACCCGCCACCUUGGGAAAAGUCAACGCCUCGGUCGAUGCGAGCAGGAAGGGAAAGGAGAGGGAACGGUGGGAAUGGAAAUAUGCAACGGCUGAGAGGGACGAGGAGCGCUACAAGUUUCGAGCCGAUACGCCUUCCAGGCUAUUUCCGCCGACCUGGAAAUCGUCUGCUACUCCUCUUCAACCUGAACCUGCAUCGGAGGAUAUAGCCGCAUCGAAUGCCGCACGGGCUGCAGAAGUGGUCCGCAAACAAGAAAUCGCCGAAGCUAUGGCUGGUCUAGAGGGAAUGGCGGGUAUCGAUAGCGCUCUCUUGGAGACUCUGUUUGAUGAAACGCCCCUGCAAGCUAGUCGGCCCCAGAACCGACCGGAAGACCAAGAGGACACCCACGUACUGCCUGUCGGGGUGGGUAAUCGUCUCGCGCACGAAGUAGAAGGACAGGUCGAAACAGAAGAUCAAAAGGAUUUGGGCAACCCGAAUAAGCUGGCAGUCUUGUCUUUCGCCGGUUCGCGUGCGGAACUGGAUCCGGUCUACUUUCUGGCCUUUCCUUCUGGCGAAGAUAGACGUAGCCUCAAUAUCUCGCCUUUCAGGAAAGCCCGGAACCGAGCAGGAAAGAUGGAUAUGGCUUUUUGUCCGACAGCAGCGCCGUGCAUGGUCUUUCCAAGCCCAAUACUGCAAAUCUCGGUCUCUUGUGCUCAUGCAGCUCGGACUUCCGCUAGAAACACAGUUUACCUAGCGAUACGCCUCGAGAUGUUUACAUAUAUCGUCUCGGUCGACGUCGUCUUGGAUCUGCAAAUCUUCAGGUCCAGCACCCUUCGAAGUCGGCUAUUCCCGUUGGGUAUGUCUCCGGUUCAAGUUCGAGAGGUUGACAGGAUCGACCUGGCGAGGACGAAAGGUGCCAGACAUAUGGACGUCGCCAUGCAUCCGACCAAAAGAAGGGAGUGUGUGAUCGUGGAUGACACCGGGAAGCUUUGGCGGUGGAGGAUGGUCACCAACCGAACUUUCGCCGAGGUCAGCACAUAUGGCAAAGUCUCCAAAUUCGGAAGGUCCCGGGUUAAAAGCGAUGAAAGCUUCUAUCGGUUAGCUUGGCAUGAGUGGGAGCGCAAUCUGAUCGUGAUCACCUCCAAAACGGUCGAAAUUGUGGACACAGCGACCGGAGCGAGCCGCCGAGUGAUCGAUUUCGUGAACUCUUCUACAAGAAUUCUUGAUCUUUAUUCCAACUUCGACCUGGACCAGGCGACUUAUGCAGCCAUCUUGACGACCGAAACCAUCGUUUGGUUCGACCCCGCGCACGACGGCCGGAUCAUGCUAUCCUGGAAGCAUUAUUUGCCGAAAUCCGACAGCCUUCGCUUGCUGGUCGUGCCGUCAGCCAAACGAAUGACUGUAGCUGUUCUGUCGUUGAAGCGUGGCAUACUCACAGCCUUUCCGGUUGAGGAGUCAGGAUCUAUCUUGAGGAUCUUGGUUCAGCCUUACGACAUACUCGCUUCCGCUUGCCUCGAAGCGGGCCAAGCCCUGGACAACGCUGCUCUAGUGAGCCUGAUGCGUGGCUCUCGUGUCACGUGGCAUCUUCUAUCCAUGACCGAAACUGGGGAAGUCGCAGGAGCUGGUUUCAUGUUGAAUGAAGAAGCCCACCGCGGGUUUAAUUCUUCGUUCGAGAGCAAAUGGUCUGGCGCUGUUGGAAAACUGGACCCUACGUCUGACGCCGUGGAGCAUGUUCACCACCCGAUGAAGGACCUAGAAGAUGAUAUACCAACCAAAGAGAGGGAUAUGCAACGGUUCUGGAAUUCUUUAACGACACGGGCACAGGCAGAACGGGGAAGACCACUGCGAACUGACGAGAUGAGACGCCUUGUCAUGGAUCAGGAAGAGCUGUAUGGCAUGGGAAUACUCACAGGUCUGGACGUUGCGGCUAUGGUUAAUGACGACGAGGAGAAAGACGUGUUGAUCGGUUCGCCGUACCUCAGAGGCUACGACCUGGAGGCCGCCGAUCAGGCGCAUAGGCUGCAAGAGGAGCUGGAUCGUUUCUCCGAAUCUAAAUUGGCUAGGAAGAUACAAACCUUGUCGUCUCCGGUUCGAACGAGCCAGACCGUACCUCAGUCCGACCCUUCGAUUGAGGUAUCUCCAAAUGGGCAAGAUGGCGCAGUGGACGAACCCGCUUUCGCAAGGCUUGCAGCUAGACGCCUCGCGAUAGACCUCCAGCUCAGCAGGACGGCCAUACCGACAGAUGACAGGCUGUCGAUACAAUCUAUCAUGGCAGAAGGGUUGGUUGUGCAUGAUCUGCCACAAGAAAUGGCGUCCGGACCCAAGGGCCCAGAAUUGAACUACCUGCGUAGGAAGCCAAAACUACAAUCGAGGACAGAGGAUACGCGGAUGAAAGAAAACAAGGCUGCAACGAUGACAGCUCUUCUGGCCCAGUGGGGCAUAGGGACCGAUCCUACAGGAUAUGCCUGGCCGGGUAUUACUUCGCACAUAACUGGUACGAGGGUAGUAGUGGAACCGAAAGUUGCGGCGCCACCCCCAGAGCGUCUGCAGCCCGUCCGGCCUUUCGCACCAGAGAUGCAGACCCAGCCGAUAUUCGAAAGUAGGAGGCGGGAUCCUCUCAUGAGCAGUCAAAGUCAAGGGGCCGACGAGAUGGCUUCUACGCAGAUGCUACCCGGCCCUUUCGCAAACCGAAACACCGUGUCUUUCCGGCGGGGAGGGGCAAAGAAGCGGACGAUCGGAUUCUAGGCCUCAUCGGGAACAACUUUGCGCAAGAGCAGAACGAUUUGAUUGUCUGCGUCAAACCACUGUAUCCUCGACCUUGUUCAUGAGCUUGUCAAUCUGUAGAUGUCGCUCCUUCUCAUGCCGAUGGCAUAGCUUGAUAAACCACCCUUCUUGGAACGACCAAGUAAAACUGGUCAUACACUUGAUGUUGAAAAGCACUUACCAUUCGUUCAUUUCGACCAUAAGAAACGUGGCAUUUAUUGCCCACGACGCGACUCCUGAUCGAUCGAUUACGAGAAUGUAGCAGGACCUCCACGGAUCC